AUGAGCGUCAUGCUGCAGACCCCGUCGAGGGCGUCAACUGCGUCCUCUUCCUCUUUCCAGCCAGUGUCACGCCAGAACACCAUGUCGUCUCACGAUGGAGGCAGGUCGGUCCGUCAAUCGAAGCGCUAUUCGAUGACCACGCUGUACCUGUCGAUGUCUGCGAAUGAGAAGGAUUUAGAGAUCGAGGAUGAUCUUGCUAAAGCCCAGAAAAUAUUGCGCGACCUCAAGUCCAAGAUCUCAUCACAAUCGAAGAAGAACUUCGUUCUAGAGAAAGAUGUCAGGUACCUUGACUCGCGGAUAGCUUUGCUAAUUCAGAAUCGUAUGGCACUGGAAGAGCAAAAUGAAGUUGCAAGCCAUCUGGAAGAUGCUGCAGAUUUACAAGAAGGUUUCUUCCCGAACGAUGAAAAGACGCAGAAAUAUGGCAACCUUCUCUUCCUCCUCCAGUCCGAACCUCGUCAUAUCGCCCAUCUCUGCCGACUUGUCACAAUGGCUGAGAUAGAUUCUCUCCUUCAAACCGUUAUGUUCACCAUUUAUGGAAACCAAUAUGAGAGUCGUGAAGAACAUUUACUGCUUACCAUGUUUCAGUCUGUUUUAACAUAUCAAUUCGAUAAUACCCCAGAAUACUCUUCCUUACUUCGAGCAAACACCCCAGUCUCUCGAAUGAUGACCACAUAUACACGCAGAGGUCCAGGACAGAGCUACCUGAAGACGGUGCUAGCUGAUCGAAUUAAUGGUUUGAUCGAGCUGAGAGACCUUGAUCUGGAGAUUAACCCAUUGAAAGUCUACGAGCGAAUGAUUGAGCAGAUCGAAGAAGAUACUGGCAGUCUACCCGCCACACUGCCAAAAGGUGUGACUGCUGAGCAAGCAGCAGAAAACCCACAGGUUCAAGCCAUCAUUGAGCCAAGAUUAACGAUGCUGAUGGAAAUCGCGAAUGGCUUCUUGACAACCAUCAUUGAAGGCCUUGAAGAAACACCAUAUGGUAUUCGAUGGAUCUGCAAACAAAUUCGAAGUUUGACGAAACGAAAAUACCCUGAUGCGAAUGAUCAAGUUAUUUGCACACUCAUUGGCGGGUUCUUCUUCCUACGCUUCAUCAAUCCCGCUAUUGUAACACCCAAAUCCUACAUGCUCAUCGAAGGAACUCCCGCAGAGAAACCAAGGCGGACUCUAACUUUGAUCGCCAAGAUGCUCCAGAACCUUGCCAAUAAGCCAUCCUAUGCGAAGGAGCCAUAUAUGGCUAAGCUCCAACCUUUCGUUCAAGAAAACAAGGAACGAGUCAACAAGUUCAUGCUUGACCUUUGUGAAGUGCAAGACUUCUAUGAAAGCUUGGAGAUGGACAAUUAUGUGGCGUUGUCCAAGAAAGAUUUGGAAUUGUCGAUCACUUUGAACGAGGUCUACGCAACUCAUGCAUUGCUGGAGAAGCACAGCUCUGAGCUGAACAAGGAUGAGAAUUCCCAUCUUGCCGUGAUCUUGAACGAUCUUGGGCCAGCUCCUGCACAACUACCACGAAAGGAGAAUAGGGCAAUCAAUCUGCCUCUGUUCAGCAAAUGGGAGACUGCAAUCGAUGACCUUACCGCAGCUCUCGAUAUCACACAGGAAGAAGUGUAUUUUAUGGAAGCUAAGUCGACAUUUGUGCAGAUCAUGCGUUCAAUUCCAACCAACAGCGCUGUUGCACGGAGACCACUUCGACUUGAACGGGUAGCAGAUGCUGCAGCAACAUCCCGCAACGAUGCAGUUAUGGUGCGAAAAGGUAUUCGUGCUAUGGAGCUACUCAGCCAAUUACAGGAGCUUCAGGUGAUCGAUAAGUCCGAUCAAUUCAGCCUCCUCCGAGAUGAGGUUGAGCAAGAGCUGCAACACCUUGGUUCACUCAAAGAUGGUGUGGUCAUCGAAACACAGAAGCUCGAGGAAGUUUUCAAGACGAUCCGUGACCACAACACGUAUCUUGUGGGACAGCUUGAGACCUACAAGAGCUAUCUCCAUAAUGUUCGCAGCCAGAGUGAAGGUACGAGGCGGAAGCAACAGAAACAUCAAGUCCUGGGUCCAUAUAAAUUCACUCACCAGGCACUGGAAAAAGAAGGAGUCAUCCAGAAAAGUAACGUGCCUGACAAUCGGAGGGCUAAUAUCUACUUCAACUUCACAAGUCCUUUACCAGGGACAUUUGUCAUCUCACUUCACUACAAAGGUCGCAAUCGUGGCCUCUUGGAGCUCGAUCUCAAGCUGGACGAUCUUCUCGAAAUGCAGAAGGACAACCAGGAAGACCUCGAUUUGGAAUACGUCCAAUUCAAUGUGCCAAAAGUGUUAGCGUUGCUCAACAAGCGUUUCGCCAGGAAAAAGGGGUGGUAA